UAACAAAAAGCAACCUCUAGCUAGCUCGUCGAUCAGUCGAGCCAUCCGUCCAUUCCCAGUUUCCCACUGCCAUGGCCUCGGCUGCAAGCAGCCGCAGCGUGCAGAUCCUCCUCCUCAUUUGCACUUGCUUUCUCCUACCCUUAUCCCUAGCUGCUCAGGGAGCUGAUGAUAAGAAUUCUGUGGAACUAGUAGACUCGCAAUUCUCCUUCAGUUUCGACUUCUCCAAUGAAUCCAGCUACCAAGUAGGCGACUUAAGCUUCGAGGGCAACGCUUCGAGGCAAAGCAAUCGAAUCGACCUCACCUGCAACUCGCGCGGGAGCAUCGAGCCUUGCGAGGGGCGGAUGUCGUACAGCCACCCGGUGGCGUUCUACGACGACACAGGCGCCCUGGCGUGCUUCAGCACAAGCUUCACCUUCUUGAUCUUUGCCGACAACGACUCCGCGGGGGACGGCCUAGCGUUCUUCCUCUCCGAUUACCCAUUCAAAAAGGUGCCGGACUCCAUCGGACAUCUCGGCCUCAUUAGCGAGACCAGUACCUCACCGUCGCAGCACUUCGUUGCCGUCGAGUUCGACACGUACCAAAACUAUUGGGAUCCUAGCGCCAACCACAUAGGCGUCGACAUCAAUUCCAUCCGCUCCUCGAAAUAUAAAAACUUGAGGACCAAUGGCUUGCCAGGCUUGAAUGGCACCAUGACAGCCAAAGUCCAAUUUGACAACACCACCAACAUGCUGCUUGCAUCCCUUUGGUUUGAUGACUAUCCCCAUAUCGACCCCGUUGUAGUCACUUAUGUGUUGACAGAUCCAAAGUCGUUGCUUCCGGGGCAAGUGGAGGUGGGGUUUUCAUCGAGUACCGGCGCAGCGACUGAGCUCCAUCAGAUACUCGCAUGGUCCUUCAACUCCACUCUUGCUGCUCCGCCUCUACAUAAAGCCCUGCUAGCAGCGCUCCUCCUCGCGCCGGCCGUCGCGCUUCUCGUCCUCCCCUUCGCCGUCGUCGCGCAGCAGUGGGUGGGCCCGUGGUCGGCGUGCGACGCCACCAGCGGCAACUACUCGGCCGGCAGCGCCUACGCGAACAGCACCCUGCAGCUCAUCCUCGGCCUCCAGAUCAACGCACGCAACUCGCCCGCCCUCUUCGCGACCGGCUCCACCACCGCCAACGCCGCCGCCGCCGUGUACGGCCUCAUGCUCUGCCGCGGCGACCUCAGCGCGUCCGACUGCUUCGACUGCGGCACCCGCGCCUGGCAGGACGUGCAGCGGACCUGCAACCGCACCCGCGACGCCGCGCUCGUCUACAACCAGUGCUAUGUCCGCGUCGCCGGCACCGAUUUCCUCGCCUCCGCCGACAACACCGGCCAGAAGUUACUCAUCAGCGGCAACAACAUCAGCCGCGGCGUCGACGUCUCCGCCUACGACGCCGCGGUCACGCGCCUCCUCAACGCGACGGCGCGGUACGCGGCGGGGCAGUCGCCGAAGCUCUUCGCGACGGGGCAGCUGGUGGGGCUGGACCCGAAGGUCCCCAACAUCUGGUCCAUGGCGCAGUGCGCGUCAGACCUGUCGCCGGAGCUGUGCCGGAGGUGCCUGGACGACCUGGUGGCACGCUGGUGGAAGGUGUUCCCGCUCAACGGGGAUGGCGCCAGGAUCGCCGGGUCGCGGUGCAACCUGAGGUCCGAGCUGGGGAACGUGUUCUACACUGGCAGCCCGAUGGUGAAGCUGCAGAUGAACGGCAAGGCGGCCGCUCCAGCGCCGUCAACGGAUGUUGUGCCGGCCACUGCUGGAGGUAAAAACAAUUCAGCUGGCAAACUUCUUGGAAUUAUAUUGCCAAUAGUGUUUGUCGCUGUAGUAGCUGCGAUAACCCUUUAUAUCUGGAAUGUGCGUAAGAAGAGAAGGACCCUAGGAACAAAGCUUCCCCACCGAACACAUACAGUUGAGGACUUAGAGAGCAUCAAGUCAACAUUGUUAUCUCUGUCAUCACUGCAAGUAGCAACAAAUUACUUUGAUGAAAGCAGCAAACUUGGCGAAGGGGGAUUUGGUGCAGUUUAUAAGGGAGAUCUUUCUGGACAAGAAGUAGCCGUGAAGAGGCUGUCAAAGGGUUCAAAUCAGGGGCUAGAAGAACUAAGAAAUGAGCUAGUUUUGGUGGCCAAACUUCAUCACAAGAAUCUCGUCCGAUUGGAGGGUUUCUGCUUAGAAGAGGGAGAGAGAUUGCUCGUCUACGAGUACAUGGCAAACAAAAGCCUUGACACCAUUCUUUUUGACCCUGAAGAAAAAAGACGGCUCGAUUGGAGGAAACGAUUCAACAUAAUAGAAGGAAUUGCUCGAGGACUACAGUAUCUUCAUGAAGACUCUCAGAAGAAAAUUGUCCACCGUGACAUGAAAGCAAGCAAUGUUUUGCUGGAUGCGGACAUGAACCCUAAGAUUGGUGACUUCGGCCUAGCCAGGCUCUUCGAGCAAGACCAGACACGAGAUGUGACGAACCGCAUCGUCGGGACAUUUGGCUACAUGUCUCCUGAGUACGUGAUGCGUGGACAGUACUCCACGAAAUCGGAUGUGUUCAGUUUCGGUAUCCUUGUUAUAGAGAUCAUAACGGGGCAGAGAAACACCGGACAUUACUUCCAUGAGCAAAACGAAGACAUUAUAAGCAUCGUAUGGAGGCAUUGGUCUGAGGGAACAAUUGCAGAGAUGAUAGAUGAUUCCCUAGGGAGGAACUACUCAGAGACUGAGGUGCUAAAAUGCGUCAAUAUUGGUCUGUUGUGCCUUCAGCAGAAUCCCGUGGACCGGCCUACGAUGUCGGAUGUCAUGGUGAUGCUCAACGGUGAUGCUACCAGUUCACUGCCUCCUGCUGCGAGACCAACAUUUUUCUUGGAUCCAAGCUCAGGUACCUCAGGUUACUCUUAUGCUUCCGGUACCGUUUCAUAUCCUUCCGCCAAAUCUCACAAAUUCUUCCGCCCGCGCCGCGCCAUGCCGCGCGUUCCUGUAGUCGACCUAGCGGCGCUCGCGCUGGUGAUGGUCAUCCCCUACGCCGCAGCGCAGCCGUGGGCGGUCUGCGACGGCCAGAGCGGCAACUACUCGGCGGGCAGCACCUACGCCGACAACCUCCUCCGCCUCGUCUCCGUGCUCCGCGCCAACGCCUCCAACUCGCCCGCCCUCUUCGCGUCGGGCUCCGCCGGCGCCGGCGCGGACGCCGUCUACGGCCUCGUGCUCUGCCGCGGCGACGUCAGCGCGUCCGACUGCUUCGACUGCGGCACCCGCACCGGCGAGGACGUGCAGCGUGUCUGCAACCGCACCCGGGACGCCGCCCUCGUCUACAACCAGUGCUACGUCCGCGUCGCCGUCACGGACUUCCUCUCCUCGCCAAACAACACCGGCAUGGUGCCGCUCAUCAGCGGCACGAGCAUCCCCGCCGGCGUCAACGUCUCGGCCUACGACGGCGCCGUCACGCGGCUGCUCAACGCCACCGCGGCGCACGCGGUGGACAGGUCGUCGCCGAGGCUGUACUUCGCCACGGGGCAGCUGGUGGGGCUCGACCCGCGGGUCCCCAACAUCUGGUCCAUGGCGCAGUGCGCCGGGGACCUGUCGCCGGCGCAGUGCCGGGGAUGCCUCCACGAUCUGGUGACGCUGUGGUGGAACGGGAGUGGGUUCAAGCCCAACGGGGAGGGAGCGAGGCUCGCUGGCUCGCGGUGCAACCUGAGGUCCGAGCUCGGGGACAAGUUCUACACCGGCGCUCCGAUGGUGAAGCUGCAGAUGAACGGCGAAGCGGCCGUUCCAGCGCCGGCGCCUUCGGUGACUGUACCGGGCACCACGGGAGGUAAAAACAAUUCAGCUGGCAAACUUCUUGGAAUUAUAUUGCCAAUAGUGCUUAUCUCUGUAGUAGCUGCCAUAACCUUGUAUAUCUGCAAUAUGCGUAAGAAGAGAAGAUCCCCAGGAACAAAGCUUCCCCGCCGAACACAUACAGUUGAGGACUUCGAAAGCAUCAAGUCAACAUUGUUGUCUCUGUCGUCACUGCAAGUAGCAACAAAUAACUUUGAUGAAAGCAAUAAACUCGGUGAAGGGGGAUUUGGUUCAGUUUAUAAGGGAUAUCUUUCUGGACAAGAAGUAGCCGUGAAGAGGCUGUCAAAGGGUUCAAAUCAGGGGCUAGAAGAACUAAGAAAUGAGCUAGUUUUGGUGGCCAAACUUCAUCACAAGAAUCUCGUCCGAUUGGAGGGUUUCUGCUUAGAAGAGGGAGAGAGAUUGCUCGUCUACGAGUACAUGGCAAACAAAAGCCUUGACACCAUUCUUUUUGACCCUGAAGAAAAAAGACGGCUCGAUUGGAGGAAACGAUUCAACAUAAUAGAAGGAAUUGCUCGAGGACUACAGUAUCUUCAUGAAGACUCUCAGCAGAAAAUUGUCCACCGUGACAUGAAAGCAAGCAAUGUUUUGCUGGAUGCGGACAUGAACCCUAAGAUUGGUGACUUCGGCCUAGCCAGGCUCUUCGGGCAAGACCAGACACGAGAUGUGACGAACCGCAUCAUUGGGACAUUUGGCUACAUGUCUCCUGAGUACGUGCUGGGCGGACAAUACUCCACGAAAUUAGACGUGUUCAGUUUCGGCGUUCUUGUUAUAGAGAUCGUAACGGGGCUGAGACGAAACACCGGGCAUUACUUGGAUGAGCAAUAUGAAGAUAUUAUAAGCAUCGUCUGGAGGCAUUGGUCUGAAGGAACAAUUGCAGAGAUGAUAGAUGAUUCCCUAGGGAGGAACUACUCAGAGACUGAAUUGCUAAAAUGCGUCAACAUUGGUCUGUUGUGCCUUCAGCAGAAUCCCAUGGACCGGCCUACGAUGUCGGAUGUCAUGGUGAUGCUCAACGGUGAUGCUACCAGUUCACUGCCUCCUGCUGCGAGACCAGCAUUUUCCUUGGAUCCAAGCUCAGGUUACUCUAACGCUUCCUGUACUGUUUCAUAUCCUUCCGCCAGGUAGCGCAGGCGAAGGCCUAAGGCACGCCCAUUUGUGGACGGAGACAUAUUGAUUCCUGUUUGUUUCUUGUUGUAUAGUAGUUCAGAGAAACUGGUGCAAUUAGUUCACCGCGAAGUGUAAUUUGUGCUUCUUUAGCUGAAUUCUCACAAAGAAAGUUUCUUGUUAC